CUCUAAUUUGCGCAAAAAGUUAAGUUUCUAUAAAUUUAGCAAAACGAAUAUUUUUGGACGCAUUAAACUACAAGAGCUUGCAAUGAGUGCUGGCAAACAUUUAACUAAGGGUUCCGCGAAGCCUGCUUUGCCUGAUGAUGGCGUGCCCCGUUUAUACUCUAUGCGUUUUUGUCCGUUUGCACAUCGCGCUCAUCUGGUGCUAAACGCCAAGAAGGUGCCACACCAUAGCAUCUAUAUUAACCUUACCGAGAAGCCAGAGUGGCUUGUCGAUGUGAGCCCGCUUCUGAAAGUGCCGGCACUGCAACUGGUUGCUGAGAAAAGCAAACCUUCGUUGAUUGAGUCACUUAUUAUCUCUGAGUACUUGGACGAGCAGCAUCCGCAGCCAGCGCUGCUGCCUAAGGAACCGCUGCAGCGUGCUCUGGAUAAGAUACUUGUGGAACGUUUCAAUGCUGUUCCCGGUGCUUUUAUGAAGAUUUUGUCCAACGAUGUAGGUACUGAUGAGCUCUGGACAGCCGUGGACAUAUUCGAGGCUGAGCUAGCCCAUCGCACUACACCCUAUUUCAGCGGCAGUCAGCCAGGAUAUGUGGAUUACAUGCUCUGGCCCUGGUUUGAGCGUUUUCCAGUAUUGGAAUAUUAUCUCAAGGAGCGCUACAGCUUUGAUAAGCAGCGCUUUGCCAAGAUCAGUGCAUGGAUUGAGCUGAUGCUGAAGGAUCCUGUGGUACAGUCACAUUUCGUAACACCAGAGCAACACAUUGAGUACUGGCGCACCCGCAAAGCAGGCCAGACCAACUAUGACCUACUUGCCUAGAAUGCACAUUGCAUUUGUUUUGAAAUUUCUAAGUGUCCUUGUGUAAAACGCUGUAAAUAUUUAAUUAUGUAGUUUAACUGAAGAACCGAAUUUGUAUCUAAAAGGCUUACAUUUUUAUAAAAAAUU